GCGCGGGGGCCGCAGCAUGCGGGAACCCGCUAAACCCGGUGGCUGCUGAGGCGGCCGAGAUGCUCGUGCGCGCAGCGCGCCCCACUGCAUCCUCGACCUUCUCCGGCUACAGGGACCGUAAGUGGCGACUAUGGGCAGACUGGGCUAUUGGACCCUGCUGGUGCUGCCAGCCCUUCUGGUCUGGCGCGGUCCGGCGCAGGGCGCGGCGGCGGAGAAGGGUCCCCCGGCGCUGAACAUCGCGGUGCUGCUGGGGCACAGCCACGACGUGACGGAGCGCGAACUGCGAAACCUCUGGGGCCCCGAGCAGGCGGCUGGGCUGCCCCUGGACGUGAACGUGGUAGCGCUGCUGAUGAACCGCACCGACCCCAAGAGCCUCAUCACGCAUGUGUGCGACCUCAUGUCCGGGGCGCGCAUCCACGGCCUCGUGUUUGGGGACGACACCGACCAGGAGGCCGUGGCCCAGAUGCUGGAUUUUAUCUCCUCACAGACUUUCAUCCCCAUCCUGGGCAUCCACGGGGGCGCAUCUAUGAUCAUGGCUGACAAGGAUCCGACCUCUACCUUCUUCCAAUUUGGAGCGUCCAUCCAGCAACAAGCCACAGUCAUGCUGAAGAUCAUGCAGGAUUACGACUGGCAUGUCUUCUCCCUGGUGACCACCAUCUUCCCUGGCUACAGGGAUUUCAUCAGCUUCAUCAAGACCACAGUGGACAACAGCUUUGUGGGCUGGGACAUGCAGAACGUGAUCACCCUGGACACUUCCUUCGAGGACGCAAAGACGCAAGUCCAGUUGAAGAAGAUUCACUCUUCUGUCAUCUUGCUCUACUGUUCCAAAGAUGAGGCCGUUCUCAUCCUGAGUGAGGCCCGCUCCCUUGGCCUCACCGGGUAUGAUUUCUUCUGGAUUGUCCCCAGCUUGGUCUCUGGGAACACAGAGCUCAUCCCCAAAGAGUUUCCAUCGGGACUCAUUUCAGUCUCCUACGAUGACUGGGACUACAGCCUGGAGGCGAGAGUGAGGGACGGCCUGGGUAUCCUGACCACCGCCGCGUCUUCCAUGUUGGAGAGAUUCUCUUACAUUCCGGAGGCCAAGGCCAGCUGCUACGGGCAGACGGAGAGGCCAGAGGCCCCGCAGCACACUCUGCACCAAUUUAUGGUCAAUGUGACUUGGGAUGGCAAAGACUUGUCCUUCACGGAGGAAGGCUACCAGGUACACCCCAGGCUGGUGGUGAUCGUGCUGAACAAGGAUCGAGAAUGGGAAAAGGUGGGCAAGUGGGAGAACCAAACGCUGAGCCUGAGGCACGCCGUGUGGCCGCGGUACAAGUCCUUUUCGGACUGUGAGCCGGAUGACAACCAUCUGAGCAUCGUCACCCUGGAGGAGGCCCCCUUUGUCAUCGUGGAAGACAUAGAUCCGCUGACCGAGACGUGCGUGAGGAACACGGUGCCGUGUCGGAAGUUCGUCAAAAUCAACAAUUCAACCAAUGAGGGAAUGAAUGUUAAAAAAUGCUGCAAGGGGUUCUGCAUCGAUAUCCUCAAGAAGCUUUCCAGAACUGUGAAGUUUACUUAUGACCUUUACCUGGUGACUAAUGGGAAGCAUGGCAAAAAGGUUAACAACGUGUGGAAUGGAAUGAUCGGUGAAGUGGUCUAUCAGCGGGCAGUCAUGGCCGUAGGCUCACUCACUAUCAAUGAGGAACGUUCUGAAGUGGUGGACUUCUCCGUGCCCUUUGUGGAGACAGGAAUCAGUGUCAUGGUUUCGAGAAGCAAUGGCACCGUCUCACCUUCUGCUUUUCUAGAACCGUUCAGCGCCUCCGUCUGGGUCAUGAUGUUUGUGAUGCUGCUCAUUGUCUCCGCCAUAGCUGUUUUCGUCUUUGAAUACUUCAGUCCUGUUGGAUACAACAGAAACUUAGCCAAAGGGAAAGCACCCCAUGGGCCUUCUUUUACCAUUGGAAAAGCUAUAUGGCUCCUUUGGGGCCUGGUGUUCAACAACUCCGUGCCUGUCCAGAAUCCUAAAGGGACCACCAGCAAGAUCAUGGUGUCCGUGUGGGCCUUCUUUGCCGUCAUAUUCCUGGCCAGCUACACAGCCAAUCUGGCUGCUUUCAUGAUCCAAGAGGAAUUUGUGGACCAAGUGACGGGCCUCAGCGACAAAAAGUUUCAGCGACCUCACGACUAUUCCCCGCCGUUUCGAUUUGGCACGGUGCCCAACGGCAGUACCGAGAGGAACAUUCGGAAUAACUAUCCCUACAUGCAUCAGUAUAUGACCAAAUUUAACCAGAAGGGAGUAGAAGACGCCUUGGUCAGCUUGAAAACCGGGAAACUGGACGCUUUCAUCUAUGACGCGGCCGUCUUGAAUUACAAGGCGGGGAGGGACGAAGGCUGCAAGCUGGUGACCAUCGGGAGCGGGUACAUCUUUGCCACCACUGGGUAUGGGAUUGCCCUCCAGAAGGGCUCCCCUUGGAAGAGGCAGAUUGACCUGGCCCUGCUCCAGUUUGUGGGUGAUGGUGAGAUGGAGGAGCUGGAGACACUGUGGCUCACGGGGAUCUGCCACAACGAGAAGAACGAGGUGAUGAGCAGUCAGCUGGACAUCGACAACAUGGCGGGCGUGUUCUACAUGCUGGCGGCCGCCAUGGCGCUCAGCCUCAUCACCUUCAUUUGGGAGCAUCUCUUCUACUGGAAGCUGCGCUUCUGCUUCACGGGCGUGUGCUCCGACCGGCCUGGGCUGCUCUUCUCCAUCAGCAGGGGCAUUUACAGCUGCAUUCAUGGAGUGCACAUCGAAGAAAAGAAGAAAUCUCCGGACUUCAAUCUGACUGGAUCCCAGAGCAACAUGUUGAAACUCCUGCGGUCAGCCAAAAACAUUUCCAACAUGUCCAACGUGAACUCCUCAAGAAUGGAUUCCCCCAAAAGAGCUGCUGACUUCAUCCAAAGAGGGUCCCUCAUCAUGGACAUGGUUUCCGAUAAGGGAAAUAUGAUAUAUUCAGACAACAGGUCCUUUCAGGGGAAAGACAGCAUUUUUGGGGACAAUAUGAAUGAACUCCAAACAUUUGUGGCCAACAGACACAAAGAUAACCUCAAUAACUAUGUGUUCCAGGGGCAGCACCCUCUGACUCUCAAUGAGUCCAACCCCAACACGGUGGAGGUGGCCGUGAGCACAGAAUCCAAAGGGAAUUCCAGGCCCCGGCAGCUUUGGAAGAAAUCCAUGGAAUCUCUACGCCAAGACUCGCUGACCCAGAACCCCGUCUCCCAGAGGGAUGAGGGACCAGUGGAAAAUAGGACCCACACCCUAAAGAGUCCUAGGUACCUUCCAGAAGAUGUGGCCCACUCGGACAUUUCAGAAACUUCGAGUCGGACCACGUGUCACAGGGAACCUGACAACAAUAAGAACCACAAAACCAAGGACAACUUCAAGAGAUCUGUGGCCUCCAAAUACCCCAAGGACUGCAGCGAGGUCGAGCGCUCCUACCUGAAAACCAAAGCGAGCUCCCCCAGGGACAAGAUCUACACCAUUGACGGCGAGAAGGAGCCCAGCUUCCACUUAGAUCCUCCCCAGUUCGUUGAAAACAUGACGCUUCCUGAGAAUGUGGACUUCCCAGAUCCCUACCAGGACCACAAUGAAAACUUCCGCAAGGGGGACUCCACACUCCCGUUGAACAGGAACUCCCUGCACAACGAAGACGGGCUUCCCAACAAUGACCAGUAUAAGCUCUACUCCAAGCACUUCAGCUUGAAAGACAAGAGCUCCCCUCACAGCGAGGGCAGCGACCGCUACCGGCAGAACUCCACGCACUGCAGGAGCUGCCUCUCCAACCUGCCCACCUAUUCAGGCCAUUUCACCAUGAGGUCCCCCUUCAAGUGCGACGCCUGCCUACGGAUGGGGAACCUCUAUGACAUUGAUGAAGACCAGAUGCUUCAGGAGACAGGGAACCCAGCCACCCAGGAGGAAGUCUACCAGCAGGACUGGGCGCAGAACAACGCCCUCCAGUUCCAAAAGAACAAGCUAAGGAUUAGCCGUCAGCAUUCCUACGAUAACAUUCUCGACAAACCUAGGGAGAUCGACCUUAGCAGGCCUUCUCGGAGCAUAAGCCUCAAGGACAGGGAACGGCUCCUGGAGGGAAAUUUGUAUGGGAGUCUCUUCAGUGUCCCCUCAAACAAACUCUCGGGGAACAAAAGCUCCCUCUUCCCCCAGGGUCUGGAGGACAGCAAACGGAGCCAGUCUCUCUUGCCGGACCACGCCUCCAAUAACCCUUUCCUCCACUCCUAUGGGGAUGACCAACGCUUAGUCAUUGGGAGGUGCCCCUCAGACCCUUACAAACACUCGUUGCCAUCCCAGGCAGUGAAUGACAGCUAUCUUCGAUCGUCCUUGAGGUCAACGGCAUCAUACUGUUCCAGGGACAGUAGAGGCCACAGCGAUGUGUAUAUUUCCGAGCAUGUUAUGCCUUAUGCUGCAAAUAAGAAUAAUAUGUACUCUGCCCCCAGGGUUUUGAAUUCCUGCAGCAAUAGACGCGUGUACAAGAAAAUGCCUAGUAUCGAAUCUGAUGUUUAAAACCUUCCAUUAAUGUUUUAUCUAUAGGGAAACAUACGUAAAGGCCAACCUUCU